CUUGACAAUUUUGCAUAUUCAGUUUCUCAGCAAUGGCUGCUGGUUGUUGUUGCAAAAGUGGAUGGGUUGAUGGUUAACUUUAUGUAAAGUGUGAACAAAAGUAUUUGCGAUGCAGUCGAGUGUGUAUGUUACCGCAUCAGGCCCUGCGCUUUCUCUUUUGCUUUAUGAGAAUACAAAGACACCAGGGUAUCAGAUGGGGUUUCUUCUCGGUGCUGUUGUUAACCAAGUCAUCGAUACCAUAAGUGACUCGCAGAUUAGAGUUGAAAAAACGGAAAUAAUUAUUAACAUUAGCUCUAUCUUACCUAUUCCCUCAUCCAGCUGUGUCAUUAAUGGAGCUGGAAAAAUUGACAAAGAAAAGUUGAAUACUAUUGUAAAAUCUGAAAAGAACCAGCAGCUUAGGAAUGGAAGUCAAAACCAUGAUAUUGUUGGGUGGUAUAGUUUUAAACGUAACUCCAUUUUUCAAAUGUCUAUGAGAGAGCAAGUUGUGCAUUUGCAAUUAGCAGAAAUGGCUAAGGAAUUUAUACCCGGAGGCUCUCCUGAUUUAUUUGUCCUUUGCCUACUGUCAAAUACACUUACAUCACAGGCUACUCAUGUUUUUAAACAUUCCUUCAUGCGCUACCUCAGUGGAAAAAAUGCAUUUGACAUCAUACCUCUACAAAUUCACAACCUAGGUAUGUCUCAGGCCACACAGUACAAAAAUACUGCAUGUGCCCCAGGCAGAGCAGCAUUACUACAAGAACUCUUUGAUCGGAUCAGCACUCACACUCCAGGGAAAGAUCAUAUGCUACAAGUCCAAUCAGAGCUCCAAGUAUUGCUUAACAAACGUGUCCAAGAGUUGUCAGAGGCUGAAAACACUCGUAUUACCUUAGAAAAUGAUGUAGAUGCCCUUAGACGUAAAUUGGAGCGAAUUAAGAGCAAACAGGGGAAAAGAAGAAGUAUUCCUGGUGCCCAGAACAAUGGCACUGAGACUUCCACCCAGAGCUAUGAGCAAUCCUCUGUUAUGAACCAGAACAAUCAUAAAAGAGUUAUCACCAAACAUGAAGAUGGAGAUGCUGUUCAAGAUCAUAGUGCUAACGUUAAGACAGAAAAUCACAUCAGUAAUGAUCGUACAAGUCCUGUGCUUGGAAUGAACCAACGGCGUAGGUCAACCAGACCUCGGAGCCCUUAGACAAAACAGAGUGGCACCUGUUAAUCCUUGUUCAUUUCCCCCCCACUUGUGAUUACCUAUAUUAAUGUUUUAUUGUGCCUUACAUGUUUACCUUUUAUUAUUUUGCACAGGAAACGAGGUGCAAGGACAAAUGUUUCGUUUCCUUUUUGGCACCUACAUAAACCUUUCUUUUUGAUAAGUGAUUGUUUGAAAAAAUAAAUUAUUAUUCUACUUUGCCUA